AUGAACAUCCCAGAAUGGAAAAAAGCACUAAUGAACGCAAAGUUGCUUCCACAAUUUGAUGACGUCAUAAAAGGAUUCCAAGAAGGAUUUGAUCAAGGAAUACCACAGCACACUGUCGGCGAUCUACCCUUCUACACACCACCGAACCACGCAUCCGCCCUGCAAGCCAGGGAGAAAAUAGAAAAGUCCCUGAGGACAGAGAUCGAGGCAGGACGCAUGUACGGCCCUUUUGAGAAGGACCAAGUCACCAAGAAAUUUCCGUUCUUUCGAACGAACCCUCUGGGCGCGGUGAUAAAUGGGGACGGAUUGCUGAGGCCCAUCAACGACCUGUCGCACCCACACGGGAAAGACGGAAUCCCGUCAGUAAAUUCUUUCGUCGAGGCAGACAAUUUCAAAACAACCUGGGAUGAUUUCAACUUGGUAGCGACAUUCUUCCGGAAGCUCAAAGGCACGGCUCUCCUAGCAAUUUUUGACUGGGAAAAAGCGUAUAGGCAAAUCCCAACAGCAAAGGACCAGUGGCCUUACCUUAUGAUCAAAGAUUUUGAUGACAAAAUUAUCCUUGACACGAGGAUCACAUUCGGCGGGGUGGCUGGAUGGCUCAAAAACUGGUUUGCAACGAGUGCACCCAGACCUACCCCACAAGAUGUGCGAGAAGACUUGACGUUCUGGCUCCACACGCUAUCCACCUUCUCCAAGACAAGACUCCUGCCCAGUCCGACACCGACAGAUAUCGGGUGGGUUGGUGAUGCAUCAACAAGUUACGGCGUAGGAGUGUUCAUCGGGAAACACUGGACCCAACUGAAAGUAGUCCAGGGCUGGGACUCAACAUCGAACCCCUCUAGAAACAUCGCCUGGCUGGAGACAGUGUCGAUUUGGAUAGGAUUGCUGAUGCUCAAACGCCUGAGGGCUAUCCCAGGCAAGCUUUUUGUGGUCUGGACAGACAACACAACCGCGGAGAAUGCGGUACACAAUCGGAAGUCCAAAGAUCAGGCGGCCAACGAAGAGUGGAAGAGCAUCCAGUCACUCCUGGUAGAAAUGCAAAUCAAUAUCACGGCUAGGAGAGUAGCCUCUAAAGAAAACAAAGCCGAUGCACUUUCCAGAGGUGAUAAUUCCGGUCUAAAACAUUGUAAUUACGUCCCCGUCAUCCUGCCCCCAGAUUUAGAACUCCUAUUCGUUCCCGCUUUGUAA